AGAACGCCAGGAGGGGGCGGGGCCGGAGCCGGGGUCGGCUUGACUCGGGGGAGCAGCGGGUGGAUCCUGUGACGUCAGCGGGUUCGAACCGCCGGAGCUGAGCGAGGGGCCGGGGGUGCCGAGCCGGGCGGGGAGAGCUGGGCCGGGAAAGCAGAACAGGGAGGCUAGAGCGCAGCGGGAACCGGCCCGGAGCCGGAGCCGGAGCCCCACAGGCACCUACUCGCCCGCCCAGCCGAUCGGCCCCCACAGAGUGGCCCGCGGGCCUCCGACCGGGCCCAGUCCCCUCCCGGGCCCUCCAUGGCCCGGGCCGCUGCCCUCCUGCCGUCGAGAUCGCCGCCGACGCCGCUGCUGUGGCCGCUGCUGCUGCUGCUGCUCCCGGAAACCGGAGCCCAGGAUGUGCAAGUUCAAGUGCUACCCGAGGUGCGAGGCCAGCUCGGGGGCACCGUGGAGCUGCCGUGCCACCUGCUGCCACCUGUUCCUGGACUGUACAUCUCCCUGGUGACCUGGCAGCGCCCAGAUGCACCUGCGAACCACCAGAAUGUGGCCGCCUUCCACCCUAAGAUGGGUCCCAGCUUCCCCAGCCCGAAGCCCGGCAGCGAGCGGCUGUCCUUCGUCUCCGCCAAGCAGAGCACUGGGCAAGACACAGAGGCAGAGCUCCAGGACGCCACGCUGGCCCUCCAUGGGCUCACAGUGGAGGAUGAGGGCAACUACACUUGCGAGUUUGCCACCUUCCCCAAGGGGUCCGUCCGAGGGAUGACCUGGCUCAGAGUCAUAGCCAAGCCCGAGAACCAAGCUGAGGCCCAGAAGGUCACGUUCAGCCAGGACCCUACGACAGUGGCCCUCUGCAUCUCCAAAGAGGGCCGCCCACCUGCCCGGAUCUCCUGGCUCUCGUCCCUGGACUGGGAAGCCAAAGAGACUCAGGUGUCAGGGACCCUGGCCGGAACUGUCACUGUCACCAGCCGCUUCACCUUGGUGCCCUCGGGCCGAGCAGAUGGUGUCACGGUCACCUGCAAAGUGGAGCAUGAGAGCUUCGAGGAACCGGCCCUGAUACCUGUGACCCUCUCUGUACGCUACCCUCCUGAAGUAUCCAUCUCCGGCUAUGAUGACAACUGGUACCUCGGCCGUACUGAUGCCACCCUGAGCUGUGACGUCCGCAGCAACCCAGAGCCCACGGGCUAUGACUGGAGCACGACCUCAGGCACCUUCCCGACCUCCGCAGUGGCCCAGGGCUCCCAGCUGGUCAUCCACGCGGUGGACAGUCUGUUCAAUACCACCUUCGUCUGCACAGUCACCAAUGCCGUGGGCAUGGGCCGCGCUGAGCAGGUCAUCUUUGUCCGAGAGACCCCCAACACAGCAGGCGCAGGGGCCACAGGCGGCAUCAUCGGGGGCAUCAUCGCUGCCAUCAUUGCUACUGCUGUGGCUGCCACGGGCAUCCUUAUCUGCCGGCAGCAGCGGAAAGAGCAGACGCUGCAGGGGGCGGAGGAGGACGAAGACCUGGAGGGACCUCCCUCCUACAAGCCGCCGACCCCAAAAGCGAAGCUGGAGGAGCAGGAGAUGCCCUCCCAGCUCUUCACUCUGGGGGCCUCGGAGCACAGCCCACUCAAGACCCCCUACUUUGAUGCUGGCACCUCAUGCACUGAGCAGGAAAUGCCUCGAUACCAUGAGCUGCCCACCUUGGAAGAACGGUCAGGACCCUUGCACCCUGGAGCCACAAGCCUAGGGUCCCCCAUCCCGGUGCCUCCGGGGCCACCUGCUGUGGAAGAUGUUUCCCUGGAUCUAGAGGAUGAGGAGGGGGAGGAGGAGGAAGAGUAUCUGGACAAGAUCAACCCCAUCUAUGAUGCUCUGUCCUACAGCAGUCCCUCUGAUUCCUACCAGGGCAAAGGCUUUGUCAUGUCCCGGGCCAUGUACGUGUGAGCUGCCAUGCGCCUGGCGUCUCACAUCUCAGCUGUUGAUCCCUUAGCUUUCUUGCCAAGGAUCUAGUGCCCCCUGACCUCUGGCCAGGCCACUGUCAGUUAACACGCAGGCAUCCCAUUUGUGAUGUCUACCUUGGUGGCUCCACUGUGACCCCUAACCCAUGACCCCAGAGAAAGUCACCGUGAUAAUGGAAUCCUGGCAACCUUAUCUCAUGAGGCAGGAGGUGGGGAAGGUGCUUCUGCACAACCUCUGAUCCCAAGGACUCCUCUCCCAGACUGUGACCUUAGACCAUACCUCUCACCCCCCAAUGCCUCGACUCCCCCAAGAUCACAAAGAAGACCCUAGACCUGUAAUUUGUCUUCAGGUAGUAAAUUCCCAAUAGGUCUGCUGGAGUGGGCGCUGAGGGCUCCCUGCUGCUCAGACCUGAGCCCUCCAGGCAGCAGGGUCCCACUUACCCCCUCCCCACCCUGUUCCCCAAAGGUGGGAAAGAAGGGAUUCCCCAGCCCAAGGCAGGGUUUUCCCAGCACCCUCCUGUAAGCAGAAGUCUCAGGGUCCAGACCCUUCCCUGAGCCCCCACCCCCACCCCAAUUCCUGCCUACCGAGCAAGCAGCCCCAGCCUAGGGUCAGACAGGGUGAGCCUCACACAGACUGUGCCUUGACGGCCCCAGCCUUGGGAGAAGAAUUUACUGUUAACCUGGAAGACUACUGAAUCAUUUUACCCUUGCCCAGUGGAAUAGGACCUAAACAUCCCCCUUCCGGGGAAAGUGGGUCAUCUGGAUUGGGGGUAGCGAUUGAUACUGUUUUGUAAACUACAUUUCCUACAAAAUAUGAAUUUAUACUUUGA